CCGAAAUUCCAACCGAUGUCAAAUCGGUGGAAGUCGAGGCGAUUUCCGCAGAGCCUGAAAAGGACUGGAAAGCACAUUUGCUCGAACAUCUUCAGACAACCGGGACCCAGUUCGAACCGGUCACGAUCCAGACGAGUGCGGAAGCGGAGCCCACCCAAUUGAUCCCGGAUGAUCAGUUUCAAGCAGAGGUUCGCAUACGACAUCCGGACCUGAUCAGCGCACUUCCCGUGACAGAAAUGAAACCGAUCGAUCGGGAAACGCGACUUUUGAUUGCGCAAGAGUUAGCUGAG